CAAAGAGAAAACUUUUCAUUUGCCACUGCAGUUUAGAAAUUGAGGUGACUAUUUCUCCAAAAAGAAACGCAGGGACUUUACCGUGGCAUUUCCACAGCGGAGAGGGAGAAACUUCAACACCCUUCUCUCUCUCACAGACCUCCUCUUUUUUUUUUUUUUUUUUUUCACUUAGUUUACCACUCCAGAUAGGACCAACAGGGAGUUCUGGGCUUUUUUAUUUCCCCUCCUUCCAACCCCAAGUCCUUCAUUUUCACACCCUGGAGUAUCUAAUAGCAUUAGAUAGAGAAAGGCAACCUUCGAAAUAGCUCCUUCAAACCACAGCUCAACUUCACAGGGGCUUAGGAUGUGAUUCCUAAUGAGAUCCAUUUCAAUCAAACACGAUUUCAAUUCAUCCCUCUUGGGGCGGGAGGGGGGACUGGGGACCCAGAUCACACAGAUUCCUCGCAGCUCCUGGAAUUGUCGGGCGGUGUGGGGAGUCCCUCGGGCAGCGCCCCCCCCCCCCCAACCCGGGGUUGCCAGUGAAGGAAGAAGUUGGUUUUGAACUGGAGGAGCAGCACAGCUGACAGGGUGCAGUUUCAUCUGUUGUGCUUGGGAACCCUGGCAGAGUUAGAAACAAUUGCCCUAAACAGCCAGAAGAGCAAAGACGAUCUGUAAGCCGGCUCUAUUUUUAACGAAGGACUUGAGAACCUCACCCCAUGCACAGCGAUUUCCCCCUCGCCCUUUUUGCUGGCUUUGCACUCCCCACGGAAGGCUCCGAUGUCGGUUGUGUGGGUGACUCUCCCCAUUCCCUGCCCCCCAAAGCCUUGCCUUUGGAAUUGCUGAAAAUCACUCGCCCUCUGAGUCAACUUGGCCGUGACCGGCACGAUGGCGUCCCGAGCCACAGCUCUCGGCUCUCCCAGCUGGGCUCGGUGUCCCAAGGACCUUACUCGAGCGCCCCGCCGCUGUCCCACACCCCGUCGUCCGACUUCCAGCCGCCCUACUUUCCGCCCCCCUACCAGCCGCUCCCCUACCACCAGAGCCAGGACCCCUACUCCCACGUCAACGACCCCUACUCCCUGAACCCCCUGCACCAGCCCCAGCAGCACCCCUGGGGGCAACGGCAGCGGCAAGAAGUGGGUUCGGAAGCCGGCUCUCUCCUGCCCCAGCCCCGGGCCGCCUUGCCCCAGCUCUCGGGCCUCGACCCCCGGAGGGACUACCACUCGGUCCGCCGGCCCGACGUGCUGCUGCACUCGGCGCAUCACGGCCUGGACGCGGGCAUGGGUGACAGCCUCUCGCUGCACGGCCUCGGCCACCCCGGGAUGGAAGACGUCCAGUCAGUUGAAGAUGCCAAUAACAGCGGCAUGAAUCUAUUGGACCAGUCUGUCAUAAAAAAAGUUCCGGUUCCUCCCAAAUCUGUGACUUCUCUGAUGAUGAAUAAAGAUGGCUUCCUGGGAGGCAUGUCCGUCAACACCGGCGAGGUGUUUUGCUCGGUUCCCGGCCGUUUGUCUCUGCUCAGUUCCACUUCAAAGUACAAAGUAACUGUGGGGGAAGUGCAGAGACGGCUCUCGCCCCCCGAAUGCCUCAAUGCGUCUCUCCUCGGCGGCGUCCUCAGGAGAGCCAAAUCGAAAAAUGGGGGGAGAUCUUUGCGGGAAAGGCUAGAAAAAAUCGGUUUGAAUUUACCCGCGGGCAGGCGCAAAGCAGCAAAUGUCACGUUACUCACCUCCCUGGUGGAAGGAGAAGCUGUUCAUUUAGCUCGGGAUUUUGGCUACAUCUGCGAAACAGAGUUUCCCGCCAAAGCUGUUUCUGAAUAUUUGAACCGGCAGCACACAGACCCCAGCGACCUGCACUCCCGAAAGAAUAUGCUGCUGGCCACCAAGCAACUUUGUAAAGAAUUUACAGAUCUGUUGGCGCAGGACCGGACGCCGAUUGGGAACAGCCGGCCCAGCCCCAUCCUGGAGCCGGGGAUCCAGAGCUGCCUCACGCACUUCAGCCUCAUCACGCACGGCUUCGGCGCGCCGGCCAUUUGCGCGGCGCUCACGGCCCUGCAGAACUAUCUCACCGAGGCGCUCAAAGGCAUGGACAAGAUGUUCUUGAACAACACCGCCACUAACAGGCACACGUCUGGGGAAGGCCCAGCUUUGCCCGCAUGGUUUAUGAGCUUCUUCAAAGAGGACUGGGGCUUCCUACACAAUCUAUAAGGGCAACGCGCCCCACGCGUGUGACGUGCGAGAGACGCGAUGGACGCGCCUUGCUCUUACUGUGCAGGUCCUGAGAGCGCGUGGGCCACUCGCGCCCAGUCGUGUUGAGGACAUAGAAUCAGCCGCUGGAGGGGCCGCGGGCCGCCUGGGCCCUUCCCGCUCUCGGUCUCAUCUUAAGGGCUAAGGCGACCGAGAUAGCCCCACUCUCCAGUAGGUAAUGGGGAGGCGUCCUGGGGGCUGCAGGCGGGCAGGGGUCUCAGCACGGCCUAGGCGCUUUGCUCCCAGCGGCCACCCAGGGCGCCUGCUCCUGGAGGGCGGCGAGUGGCCUAGAACUGUCCAGGGAACCGGAGUUUCCCCCACCUUUGCUAGGACGAAAACUCUCUCCAUCCUCAGGCUCCAGAAGCGGGUGACGGAAUAGGAAUGGUCUUACUUGGCUGCGCAGGCUUCCGUGGUCCUGCACCCUCGUUCCCAAGUCCCUCCCACGCCCCACCCAGGAGGGCUGGAUGCGCGUCUCCUCCGCCCCCAACCCGGGGUGGAGACAGCCCUGGCCCCCUCGCCCUUUUGCACUUCUUUCCUGUGCCACCCCGCCCCCUUGCUUUCCUUAGCCAGGCCCGCUAUGUUUAUCUGGUAAUUGAGUUAUUAGAAGAUUGGGUUUCCUCGGGCCCAUAAAUCAAUAAACAGGAUUAACGCAAGAGUUUGCCUUUUUUUAAAGCGAGCUUUUCUGAGUUUUGUUUUCAAACCAAACAGGUGAGUUGCAGCUCUCCCCCCACCCUGCUCUCUAGACAAUUUUAUCAGGUCCCGGCCUCCUCCCUGAUGCUCGGGCCCAAACCAAAAGCACUAAAGAUAGAAAGGAGCAGUCAGGCCGCAGCCCGCGGCCCCACACACUUUCCACUUUGCAAGUUCCUUUGGAGUUUCUAACGAUUUUCCCGACCAUUCUCCAUUCUCGUCCACCUGCCUCUUCCUAUAGGAAUUGUCAGUCUCAGGGGCGCUUCCCCACCUGCCCCGCAAAUAGUGGCUCUGGUUCUGGGUGAGCAUCCCAUCUCAAAGUGAUCUUGAACUUCUCCCCCAAACUCGGAAGGUACCCCACCCCUGCCCUGCCCCAAUUAUCUUGAACUUUCUUUCCCCCUCUCUGGAUCCAUACCUUAGCUUUCUCCACCCCCCACAUAAAGAACCGAAGAGGCUUUUCAGAGAUUGGGGGCUGUUUUAUUUUCUUUGGCCACUGGAAACUACUUUCUCUCGAGCAAUUAUUUCAUAUCCUAAGAAAACGUUGGUCGAAUGGAAAACCUGAAACCCCAAACUUAUCUACACACUGUCUGUCCGGUACAAAGCCUUACUUAAAAUGGCAACUUGUUCCUCCUUGGAGUGUUUAUAGAGAAUUUGUCAUCACAUCUGAUAUCCUGGAAGGGUAAUACAUUACAUGGAAAGGAAAUAACCUUAAACCGUCUGAUGUUGCCUCAAGAGCCCACACAGUGUUUCCCCUCCUGUGCUGAUGUAUGUUAAAUUAUGGGGGAGGGGGGGGGAAGAAAAGAAAAAAUAUAUCAAAAUUAGUUUUCUUUUCUUUUUAAAAGCGGAACAAGAACUAUUCUUUAAAGGUCAAAAUUGACUCCUCUGCUGAGUUGGUCUCUAAUUCACUAACAUAGUUUUUGCCACAUAACUUCAAUCUGUUGACUCUUCGGGGGAAGGGCGCGGGAGGGUGUCCAUGUUAAGUUUGUAUAUAUUUAUUUAUGCUUAAUUUAAUGGGAAUGUGUAAAUAUGGCGAGCAAGUAGUUUGGGAUUAUUUAUCUGUGAAUCUAUACCUCUGUGAAUGGGUGGUUAAAAAAAAAACACAAAAAACCCGCUUGACCCUAGAUAGAAUCCUAUCUGACUUUUUCUGUUCUUUAUAGACAAGCUGUUAUGGUAAUGGGUAGAAAUUGGUUUAUUGUCCAGUGUUGAUCUGAUUUACAUAAAUAAAAAGAUCGUUGUGUUUUUGUUGUGUUUUCAUCCUCAGUUUCUUGAAUAUGGAAAUUGUUUAAUUCAGAAAUUAACAGACAGAAAACUCCAACCCUAGCCAAGAGGUUUUUGUCCCCCCUCACCAAAACACAGGCAAUGUCUUUGUUACAUCAUAAAUACAAUAAAUUUCGCUUCUCAGAAAAACUGACACUUUUGUUUUCAGUAGAGGUGUUUUAAAAUUCCAAA